CUCAAACUCUUGUAUCCUAGUUCUCGGGCUCCACAGCUGCACCCAUUGGCUCUGAUGAUAACAAACAUUGGUGAUGGUCGGACUAACACCAACUAUGCCGCCCACGCCAUGCGGCACGACCAGUAACAGCUAUGAUCAUCAAGCCGCACGCAAGAGAGUUCACAACUCAGCUGAUCAGCUAAUGAACAAUCGUGACGAUAUUGUAUCCAUAUCUUCAUCUUCAGCGCAAGCUUCUGCUGCUACCGGAUCAUCUACGCCCGCCACCCCAGGAUUCUUAUCAGCUUCUGACCACGUGAAGUGUGUCGAGACUGGCGCACAGAAUAUGGAUCGGUACAUCACACUUGGCUGCCUUCACUUCAAGCACACAUCCGAUUUUACUUCAAUCUCACCAUCGAGUGGUGAUUGGGCCGAGUUACUGCACCAAGAACUUCCCGACGAGAUCAAGGCUAACAUCGGCAUUGAAGCAUCACGACUGCUUGAAGCUCACUGGAUCCGGCUAUUCGCACGUAAAGAAACGCCUGGUAAUGUGUCUCAUCACAGCCUUCUUCGCGUCUAUCUAUUGCCAGAAGACUGGGGUCGUCGCUCGAUUGACCGUAAUAGCAAGAGCUUGAAGAACGCUUUGCGGACAGUCCUCCAACAAAUUGAUAUCUCACCGAGUGCAUGGAGUGGAGACUCAAAUCCGGGUGAGACGCGUCACUUUGAUCCCUGGGCUGAUGCAGAACCUUUUUCGCUAUACUACCUUUUCAACAAGCUACCAUCACCUACGCCAGACGUGGCGAAGAUCAAGUGUCGCUACACACGUGCCGCCGUACAAGAUGUACUAGAUUCUGCGACAGUCUCUGAGUGGUCGCAGCAUGGUGAACAGGCUCUACCGGGGCUCAAGACCAGAUUGUACGCGUAUCAGACACGGUCGGCAAGCUUGAUGCUGCAACGGGAAGCUUCGCCGCAGCUGCAGCUAGAUCCAAGAUUAGAGGUUCGUACUUCGCCUAAUGGCAAGAAGUUUUACUUCGGGCCUCGAGAUGGAUCGUUUCUACAAGAGCCGCGCUACUACGAGAUGAACCGGGGUGGUAUUUUGGCAGAGACAAUGGGCCUGGGAAAGACAGUAAUUUGCUUAGCCGUUAUCUUGGCAUGUAAAGGCCAUCUUCCUAAGAUGCCAGCCGCAUACCGACCAUUACCUCCUCUUCGCAAACGACUUGGAUCACUGGCAGACAUGGCAAUUGCUUCCGCGGGCCGACACUCAGUCCCAAUGAAAGCCUUUCUCGAGCAGUCUGAGGCGAAUGGGGCUGGAGAUAUGACAAGUAUCAAAGAUGCACUGGAUCGAGAUGUUCCAUUCUACGAGAUACCACCAGAUAUUCCACGCAUGAAUAGGAAUACCCGAAUACCGCCAACACGUCAAUUGGUACUUUCAUCCGCCACCAUCAUUGUCGUACCGCGAAAUUUGCUGCAUCAAUGGCAGUCAGAAAUAAGAAAGCACGUUCUCCCGGGCGGCCUCAAGAUCCUGAUCGUAGACUCUGUACCCAAGCGUGCCGGCAAGACGAAAAUAACUCACCCGACCGACGAAACCAUGGACUUUCAGAGCGAACUACCAGCUCCCACUGAGCUUAUGAAGUUCGAUGUGGUUCUGUUCACUCGCAACCGUUUCGAACAAGAAAUCCAAGACGGCCAGGAUGAACAAGGACGCCGCGUUGGUUUGGGGGCCUCUCGCAUUUGUAAUUGCCCUUACAUCGGAGCCACCCGGAUCCCCGACUGCAGCUGUGUCGACACUGAUAGAGUCUACGAAUCGCCACUGAAGAAGAUCCACUGGCUACGGAUCAUUAUUGACGAAGGACACUCGUUCUCGAGCUCCGUCUCGAAUGCUGUACUCGUUGCUAAGCAGAUACAAGCGGAGAGACGCUGGGUCGUAUCAGGGACACCUGCGAAGAAUUUGGUAGGUGUAGAGGUAGACAUGUCUACGGUCGAUGCGGAGAUGGAUCCAGUAUUGCAGCGGGAGCUUGCCAUCGAACAGAGAAAGACGUUUAAUCAUGAUGCAGAGAAUGCAAAAGCCGCCAAAGCUUUGGGUAUGCUUGCCUCACAUUUCCUCAUGGUACGACCCUGGUGCGACAACUCCGAAGGCAAGCUCGAUUGGGACGAAUACAUUUACCGCCAUGAGCACCAACACCGGAAGACUUAUUCCGGGUUUUCCUCAUGCUUUGUCCGAGCACUGGAAGGCUUGGUCGUGAAGACACGCCCAGAUGAUGUCGAGAAGGAUAUUGUCUUACCCCCGAUGCGACACCGAACCGUGUACCUCAAGCCAUGUUGGUUUGACAAAAUGACGGCCAAUCUCUUCAUUCAAGUCCUGCGAGCAAAUGCUAUUACAAGUGAACGGACCGAUGUCGACUAUCUGUUCCACAAGAACAGCCUGAAAGCCCGCCACAGUCUCAUUAGGAAUCUACGUCAGUCUAACUUUACUUGGACGGGUUUCAGUCUCUCGGAUGUGGUCUCGACACUUGAAACGAGCAGUAAGUAUCUUUCCAAAGAGGAUAAAAACUGCUCGCUUCAUGACGCAAGCUCCCUCUUGGAGAGUAGCCAAGUCGUAUCGAAGCUUGCGGCUUCCGCCGAAUGGAUUGCAUUGAGUACAUCUCAUGAAGUGGGAUUGGCUGUCAACGGUUGGCCAGAAGCGACGCGAGAGGCUUUCGCACUUGUUCACUCGGCGGAGCCCAUAAUGGUUGGUGUUACGCAGCUCAUCGAGGGUCAACUCCACGUUGAUAGCAGUAUACGUUCUUCAGAUCCCACGGCUGGGCUGGAGGCUGUUGGGUAUGCGGCAAAAGCAAAGGCCAUUGCGAUGGCAGAGGAAGAGGGCAAGCUCAAGGAAACAAGCGAAGGGACAUUCAACGACUUGCCGCUGCAGAGGACAGGAGUUCCGACUUCGCUGGUAAAGGGUCAGCAGCCACCGACCAGUCGUCGGACAUCAGCUAUCGCGAGCAAAUCGUCCCCUCAAAAGCAAACAGGAUCCACUAAUGCGAAUCGCGUCGAAGACACCCCGGAUGUUACAUCACCCGUUCGCACGAAGAAGCGAAAACUCACUUUUGCAGACGAGAUAGCAGACCUUCCCGCAGACUCCGAUCUCCGAAACACACGCUGCGUAGGCACAACAUCGGCCAAACUUACAUAUCUGUUAGACAAAGUGAUGCAGCACCAGGAGACAGACAAGAUCAUCAUCUUCUACGAUGGUGACAACGCGGCGUUCUAUAUCGCCCAAUGUCUUGAGUUGAUGUACGUCAACCACCGCAUCUACGCCAGAACUCUGAAUAACGUACUGCGAUCCGAGUAUGUACGGCUAUUCAACGAAGAUCCGGAUGUGCGAGUCUUGCUUAUCGAUGUCGCGUGCGGUGCGCUUGGGCUGAACCUCAAUGCGGCGAGCGUUGUACUCAUUGUAAACCCGAUCAACAGACCGAAUAUAGAAGCGCAAGCCAUCAAACGAGCCCACCGUAUUGGACAAACAAAAGAAGUGCUCGUUGAGACUCUAGUUCUCGAGAAUACGAUCGAGCAUGCAAUCUUCAAUCGCGCGAAAAAAAUGUCUCGUGCUGAUCACCAAGAAGCGAAGGAGCUUGAGGACGACGCUGGCAUCAUCGAGAUCAUUCAAAAUGCUCAGAUCCUGCCUGUGGAUGACGACGAAGGCGAGGGCUUGUCCAGCUUUGCAUUGUUGCAGACACCGCAGCAGGUGUUUGGGCGAUCGAAUCGGCACAAAUACCAUCGGUAUGGAGGCGCAGAUAAAAAGACUAAGGAUGGACCGCAAAAAAAGGCGAAGACUUCGAAGGGCGCGAGGAAGGACCAGAACGGGGAUGCGAGUGGUGCCAACAGCGCGACUACACCUCCUGAAUCAGGUACUGGAUCAGGCGCCGGUGCUGGUCUGCCGGUGCGAGUACCUGCUCAAAGUGAUGGCUUACAGGCUGCCGGUCCAGCAUGGUCCCAACCAGUCGCCAGCAUCUUUGGCAGUGGUUGA